AUGUAUAGCCGGACAUCUUUAUAUAGCGUGUUUAUACGCGCCUUGUUCCUCUCUCUGUUUAAUGUGAGAUUAUGUGCUGCAUUAUAUGGCCGCGAUGCCGCUUCCGUCAGGCAAUGCCCCCUAGACAUGCCGCCAGGAUUGCAGCGUCAGGCGCUAUUGGGAUGCCCACGACCCAUUGACGAUAGAACCACCUAUGGGCCGAUCGACUGGUCCCCCUGGACAUACCCUCCUAUGUGUCUUCAAACGGACGAAUCACCAGCGACUAAGUACUGUGUUCUCACCAACCCAAGGUUUGGAACCCAAGGCAUCAGCAUCAUCACAACGCCAGAAACGGCCGCAAACUGUAUCGACAUGCUAAACGGCGUAGACCAUAGCCCACUUAGUAACGCCAGUUGCGAGGCAGCCUCCCGAAUCGUUGACAUACCUGGGAAGGGAAAGGGGGUGGUCGCAACACGAAAUAUUGGCCGCGCCGAGGUUAUCAUGGCUGAUUGGGCUUCGCUGCUGGUGGACCUAGACUUCCCAACCCGCGUCAGGCGAACGCGGGGAUACACACUCCUCCACAAGGCAGUGGAUCAGUUACCAGACCCAGACCGUGUGCUCCAGCUUGCCCGCAGCAGUGCCUAUUCGGCAGACAUCAUAGAAGACGUAUUGCGGACAAACUCCUUCUCAUACAGCUUUGCCGGGGAGCCGCAUAUGGCACUCUACCCCAAUAUUGCCAGAGUCAAUCAUGCGUGCCGGCCCAAUGCAUUCGUAAGAUUCACGCCAAUAAGCCUAGCUGUCAGUCUCGUUGCCCUAAGAGAUAUCGAGGCCGGGGAGGAAAUAAACAUCACCUAUAUCCCCUUGGGAACAGCCCGAAACGAGAGGCAGGCAGCGCUGCGGAAGUGGGGGUUCAACUGUACCUGCAGCCUCUGCACGGCAUCCAAGACCGAGAUCGCUGCCUCCGACUAUCGCAGAAACAAGAUCAAAGCACUGGGAGAAGAAGUUAUCCAGGCAAUCGAAGUCUGGGACGGAACGAAAGCGGUUAAGCUCACUCAGGAGGUACUUGACCUGAUGCGGAUCGAGGGGCUCGUGCCACUCUACAGCGGUCAGUACGAGAUCAUGGCGCGACUAUAUUGGAAAGCGAAGGACGUAAAGACAGCGACUGAGUAUGCUAGGAUGUCGUUAGACACACUAGUAGACCUGGGAUAUUUAGAGGAGAACCCAGAAGCGUUACCGGCACUACUGAAAACCUUUGACGUAUAA